UAUGAUUUACGUCAAUUCCAAGAUAACAAAGCGUAAGCUAUACAGACAAUUUUUCUUUCAGUCAACAUAUUUAAAUGUUUUAGGAGACUUUCAUGCUUAAAGAUGACAUCAACAAGAAAUGAUAAAGUGAAAGUACAACUGCGGGUGUUCAAGUCUCUAGAAUGUUAUCCGGGUGGGGCAAAUGACUACUUUGUAGCCGUGGUCGGUCCGGGCAUUCAACUUGGCAAUGAUAACCCCGAAAUUGCUCCAAGAUGCAAACCUAUUGGGCGUAACGUUUGGGAGAAAGACUUGUGGCUUCCCAAAGACAGUUUCGUGAAUUACAAGUUUUUAGUAGUAAGAUCAUGUACAGGAAAGGUGGUUGAUACUGAAUCGACAACUCCUCAUACGAUAUAUAUUGGUCAGCAUCCAAUAAUGGUGGAACAUACAUACAACAAAACAGCAUUUGCUGGAAGAGAAGUAUACCCUGAACACAACCGUCCAGCGCCAUCUCUAGGUAGGAAGGAAACAUUUCACGUGCCAAGUCUCAAUAUUCCACGUGCAGAUAAAGUAGGCUUUGUUGUGCCAAAAAUCAAAAACCCUCCAAAAUACGUGCCGCCGAGAAACAUUGGGCUGAUACAUUGUAAAAGAAUGGUACCUGCCACAGUCAAAGUAGACGAUAUUAUCAAAACUGGAGAAGAUGUCAUCCCGGAUAUUCCACCACAUGCAACAAAAAGCAACACUCACACUCCUUGUGUUGCAGAGAAGGCCAACAAAUCCCCAGGAGCCUCAGAUUACAUUAGCACUGAUAACCUUGCUGUUAAGAUAACAAAUUCCGUUCAUAGUGGCCAAGACAACGACAACAACCCUCCAGUAUUAACAGAAAAUAACAACGCACUACGUGCUACUGUCCCAAGUGUUGCAAAGAUCAAUGAUCAUAUUUCAAACGCAAUGAAAACAACAAGCUACAAUGUGCCACAAAAGACAAGGACGACGUUGCAGGUGCCACAAAGGACAAGGACGACGUUGCAUGUGCUACAAAGGACAGCAGCAACGCUCCAUGCGCAACAGAGAACAAUGAUAUUUCAGGAAAUGAAAUCAUUCCCGAGAAAGAUUCCAUAGGGCAAAUGGAUGACGACAUUACAAAGAAUCUCAGUAACAACGCUGGUCAGUUCACAUUUGGAAAGAAAAUUCUAACACUUGCUGUGUCCGGAAUCUCAUUGAUGUCUGCUUUUGGAUAUUUUGCUUUCUUCAAAAGAUAAAAAAGCUUAG